AUGGCUCCUGCCAUCGGUAAGUCAACUCCGCAGCCUCGCAACCACCAGGCAGACCACCAGGCUCAGCAGCAACAUGCUAACGAACCCUCAAUAGGUAUCGAUCUAGGUACAACCUACUCCUGCGUAGGCAUCUUUCGAGAUGACCGCAUUGAAAUCAUUGCCAAUGAUCAGGGCAACCGAACCACCCCCUCCUUCGUGGCGUUUACCGACACUGAGCGCUUGAUUGGUGACUCGGCCAAGAAUCAAGUUGCCAUGAACCCCCAGAACACUGUUUUCGACGCAAAGCGACUCAUCGGUCGCAAGUUUGCCGAUGCUGAGGUUCAAGCCGACAUGAAGCAUUUCCCCUUCAAAGUCAUCGACAAGGGUGGAAAGCCUGUCAUUGAGGUUGAGUUCAAGGGCGAGGUCAAGCAUUUCACACCUGAAGAGAUCUCUUCUAUGGUCUUGACCAAGAUGAGGGAGACUGCAGAGUCUUAUCUCGGUGGCACCGUCAAUAACGCUGUUGUCACUGUUCCCGCCUACUUCAACGACUCCCAGCGUCAGGCUACCAAGGAUGCUGGUCUCAUUGCCGGUCUCAAUGUCCUACGUAUCAUCAACGAACCCACCGCUGCUGCCAUUGCCUAUGGCCUCGACAAGAAGAUUGAAGGGGAGCGCAAUGUCUUGAUCUUCGACCUUGGCGGCGGUACUUUUGACGUUUCGCUCCUCACCAUCGAGGAGGGUAUCUUCGAAGUCAAGUCUACCGCGGGUGAUACCCACUUGGGUGGUGAAGACUUUGACAACCGUCUCGUCAACCAUUUCGUCAACGAGUUCAAGAGAAAACACCGCAAGGAUCUCUCAUCCAACGCACGAGCCCUUCGACGUCUCCGAACUGCUUGCGAGCGAGCGAAGCGCACGCUUUCUUCAUCUGCUCAAACCUCCAUUGAGAUUGACUCUCUCUACGAAGGCAUCGACUUCUAUACCUCCAUCACCCGCGCUCGUUUCGAAGAGCUAUGCCAGGAUCUGUUCCGUUCCACCAUGGAGCCCGUUGAGCGUGUCCUCCGCGAUGCCAAGAUCGACAAGUCCUCAGUUCACGAGAUCGUCUUGGUCGGUGGCUCUACCCGUAUCCCCAGAAUCCAGAAGCUCGUCUCGGACUUCUUCAACGGCAAGGAACCCAACAAGUCCAUCAACCCUGAUGAGGCCGUUGCCUACGGUGCCGCCGUCCAGGCUGCCAUUCUCUCUGGAGACACUUCUUCCAAGUCCACCAACGAAAUCCUCCUUCUCGAUGUUGCGCCAUUGUCUCUCGGUAUCGAGACCGCCGGUGGUGUGAUGACUGCCCUCAUCAAGCGAAACACCACUAUCCCAACGAAGAAGUCGGAGACCUUCUCCACCUUCUCCGACAACCAACCCGGUGUGCUCAUCCAAGUCUACGAGGGCGAACGUGCACGAACCAAGGACAACAAUCUUCUCGGCAAGUUCGAACUUUCUGGUAUUCCACCUGCUCCCCGUGGUGUUCCUCAAAUUGAGGUUACCUUCGAUCUUGAUGCCAAUGGUAUCAUGAACGUCUCUGCUGUUGAGAAGGGCACUGGCAAGUCCAACAAGAUUGUCAUCACCAACGACAAGGGUCGUCUUUCCAAGGAGGAUAUCGAGCGCAUGUUGUCUGAGGCUGAGAAAUACAAGGCUGAAGAUGAAGCUGAAACUUCUCGUAUCUCUGCAAAGAACGGCUUGGAAUCAUACGCUUACUCUCUCAAGAACACCCUCUCGGACUCUAAGGUUGAUGAGAAGCUCGACGCCUCUGACAAGGAGAAGCUCAAGGCCGAGAUUGACAAGACCAUCUCUUGGCUCGAUGAGAACCAGACCGCCACCAAGGACGAGUAUGAGUCUCAACAAAAGGAGCUUGAAGGUGUUGCCAACCCCAUCAUGAUGAAGUUUUAUCAAGGCGAAGGUGGUGCCCCUGGUGGUGCUCCAGGUGGUUUCCCCGGUGCUGGCGGUCCGGGCGGAUUCCCCGGUGCUGGUGGCCCUGGUGGUUUCCCUGGCGCCGGUGGUGCUCGUGGCGGAGAUGAUGGCCCAACUGUCGAAGAAGUCGACUAA